AUGAAUUAUACCUGCAAAGUGUGCAAUAAAGAAUUCAACCAACGAAGUAAUCUUGUUGCACAUUUUUUUACCCAUACUGGUGAGAAGCCUUAUACUUGUGAAUUAUGCAACAAAAGUUUUGGUCACAGAUCUACUUAUAAGCAACACCUACGAACUCACACUCAGGAAAAACCAUUUUAUUGUGAGGUAUGCAAUAAAGGCUUUUGCCAACAGUCCACACUCAUUAGACAUAGUCGAAUUCAUACUGGUGUCAAAUCUUAUGUCUGUGAGGUGUGUAACAGAGGUUUUUCUCAAAAUGCUACUCUCAUCAAACAUUGUUUAACUCAUACAGGUGAAAAACCACAUAUAUGUGAGAUGUGCAAUAAAGGCUUCACUCGUAAAAGUGUUCUUGCGCUGCACAGAUUAGUUCAUACCGGAGAAAGGCCAUUUGUUUGUGAAAUAUGCAAAAAAGGCUUUGGUCAGAAAUCUACCCUAAACUAUCAUAUUCAAAGUCAUGAACGAAGAAAAGCUCGUCUUGCAAGAAAAUCUGUAAAACAUGAAACAGAAAGAUUUUUAAGGGAUCUAAUAUCAGACUGA